AAUUUGAUGCGUUGCGUAUUGUAAUUGUUGGUUAUAUUUUCGGUUUAUUUAGAUACUAUUUUAGUGAUUUGUAACCGAUUUAAUAACGAAAAUGAGCCGAAGAAGGGCUCACGAGGAGGAUGAUGGUUAUGAAAGGGCAUACAGGAAAAGACGUCGCGUCUCCGAAAACCAAGAAAUCGAAGACAGAUUGGAAUCCUUGAUCCUUAGAGUCGGAGAAAAGAGCACGUCCUCCUUAGAAAGUAACCUAGAAGGCUUGGCUAGCGUUUUAGAAGCCGAUCUGUCCACAUUUAGAGCUAAGAUACUUCGAAUAUUGACUGACUGUGCGAUCCGAAUGCCCGAAAAAUGCACCAUUUACACGACCUUAGUAGGCUUAUUGAACGCGAAAAACUACCAUUUCGGCGGCGAAUUCGUCGAAUACAUGGUAAAAAGCUUCAAAGAAUCCCUCAAACAAUGCAAAUGGGACGCCGCCCGAUACGCCCUAAGGUUCCUCGCAGACUUAGUAAAUUGCCACGUAAUAUCCGCCACUUCCCUGCUACAACUACUAGAUAAUAUGAUAGACGCAGCGAAUGAAGACAGCGUCCCACAGGUGAGACGAGAUUACUACGUAUUCGCCGUGCUAAGCACCCUACCUUGGGUGGGCAGGGAGCUCUACGAGAAAAAAGAGAAAGCCUUGGAACAUCUGAUGAUACAAAUCGAGAUAUUCCUCAACAAGCGACACAAGAAACACCACAACGCUCUACGAGUGUGGGCCAACGACGCGCCCCACCCGCAAGAGGAGUACCUCGACUGCCUGUGGGCCCAGCUGAGGAAAUUGAAGCAGGACAAUUGGGCGGAGAAGCACAUCCCGAGGCCCUAUUUAGCGUUCGAUUCCACGCUGUGCGAAGCCCUGCAGCACAACCUACCGUCGAUCAUACCCCCGCCGCACCACGACGGCUACGAGUACCCCAUGCCCUGGGUGGUGUUCAGGCUGUUCGAUUACACCGACUGCCCGGAGGGGCCGCUGUUGCCGGGCGCGCACUCCAUCGAGCGCUUCCUCAUCGAGGAGCACCUGCACUCGAUCAUCGAGCUCUACCAUUUGGAGAGGAAAGAUUGCGCCGCGCACCUGUUGAAUUUCCCCUACAAAUUGAAGAUACCGCUCGAGUAUUGCAUCGUCGAGGUGAUCUUCGCCGAGCUGUUCCACAUGCCGGCGCCGCGCUACCUGGACAUCGCCUACGGGGCGAUUUUGAUCGAGCUGUGCAAGAUCCAGCCGUCGACUAUGCCGCAGGUGUUGGCCCAGGCCACGGAGAUGCUGUUCAUGCGCAUCGAUACGAUGAACGUGUCGUGUUUCGAUAGGUUCGUUCAGUGGUUCUCGUACCAUUUGAGCAAUUUCCAGUUCAGGUGGUCGUGGGAGGAUUGGGACGCUUGCCUGAGCUUGGACGACGAGCAUCCCAAGCCUAAGUUUAUCAGAGAGACGAUUUUGAGGUGUAUGAGAUUGUCGUAUUUCCAGAGGAUUAGGGAAAUUUUACCGGAGAGUUUCCAGAAAUUUAUACCGGCUAAGACGGAGUCCGAUUACAAAUACGCCCAAGACGGCGCCGCGAAUCUACCGGGCACGGAGGCGGCCCACAAGCUGGUGGUGUCGAUCAGACAGAAGUGCACGCCCGAGGAGGUGCUGGCGGUGCUGAAGGACCUGCCGAAUCCGCGAUCGGACGAAGAAGGCGACGGCAGAUUCAAUCCUCUGAAGAUCGACGUGUUCGUGCAGACGCUGCUCAAUUUGGGCUCGAAGAGUUUCUCGCACAGCUUCGCGGCCAUAUCGAAGUUCCACUACGUGUUCAAGAUACUGGCCGAGUCCGAAGAGGCGCAGAUAUGCGUGUUGCGCAACAUGUUCGAGCUGUGGCACCACCACCAGCAGAUGAUGGUCGUGCUGAUCGAUAAGAUGCUGAAGACCCAGAUCGUCGAGUGUUCGGCCGUGGCCAAUUGGAUAUUCUCCAAGGAGAUGACGUCGGAGUUCACGAAGAUGUACCUGUGGGAGAUCCUGCACCUGACCAUCAAGAAGAUGAACAAGCACGUGAUCAAAUUGGGCGGCGAGCUGACGGAGGCGCGCGAGAAGUUGGCGCGCGCCGAAUCGAGCGAGAGCGAAAGCGAGGAGGACGAGGCGAAGAAGAAGCCCGAGGACGCGGAGAAGCCGACCGAGGAGAUGGUCGAGCGGAUGGAGGAGAAGCUGGAGGGGGCGCAGGCCGAUCAGAAGAAUCUGUUUCUGAUCAUCUUCCAGAGGUUCAUCAUGAUUUUGUCGGAGCAUUUGGUGCGUUGCGACACCGACGGUAAGGAUUACAAUACGCAUUGGUACAAGUGGACCAUCGGGAGGUUGCAACAGGUUUUUUUGGCUCAUCACGAGCAAGUGCAAAAGUACAGCUCUACAUUGGAGACUCUGCUGUUCACCCAAGACUUGGACCAUCAUAUCCUCGAAGUUUUCCAACAGUUCGUGUCGUUGAAGGCUUAGCGACCGGAUUAUUUAAAUAUUGUUCAUUUUAUAUUUUAUUUGCGUGGAAAAGAAGUUUUAUUAGCGUUCCAUAUCGUACGGACGAAAUGUAUUUGAUUGAAUAAAAAGGAGAAAAAAUA